UACUCUAUUUUCUCAAAUAAAAGCGCUCUUUAAAAUUGAUUUUCGCAUCCAAAUAUUUCAUUCCAGAAGUUCGUCUUCUUCCGCUGUUCUUCUAUUCCCACAAAUCAAAUUCAAGCGACUAGGAAUUUCAUUAUUUUUCCCAGCUUUUGAUUUGUAGGUGAGUAUUACAAAGAAUGACGACUGCUGCUAGACCUACAUGGGCACCUGCCAAGGGUGGCAACGAGCAAGGCGGUACGAGGAUUUUUGGCCCGUCUCAAAAGUAUUCUUCCAGGGAUCUUGCAGCUCAUACAAAUUUGAAGCCCAGGAAGGAUGGACAGGACUCCCAGGAUGAACUUCAGAAGAGGGACCUUCGUGAAGAACUUGAAGAGCGUGAACGAAGGCAUUUUUCAUCUAAAGACAAAUCUUUUGGUGAGGAUAGAGAUCGUAGAAAAGGAAGCCAUCUUCUUCUGGAAGGUUCAAAGAGGGAUAUUGAAGAUCGUAUCAUUCCUAGAAGUGUAGAUGCUGAUGACUCUGAUGUGGAUGUAAAAAGUGACGAUGAAAGUGACGAUGAUGAGGAUGAUGAUGAUGAAGAUGAAACUGAAGCGCUUUUAGCGGAGCUUGAACAAAUAAAGAAGGAAAGGGCUGAAGAAAAAAUGCGAAAGGAUCGACAACAACAAGAGGAAGAAUUGAAAAACAAAGAAGCAGAACUUAUGAGAGGAAACCCUCUAAUUAAUGUUAAUGCUCCGACUAACUUCAAUGUUAAAAGAAGGUGGGAUGAUGAUGUUGUGUUCAAGAAUCAAGCACGUGGUGAGACGAAAGCAACUAAACGCUUCAUUAAUGAUACCAUCAGGAGUGAUUUCCACAGGAAAUUUUUACACAAGUACAUGAAGUAAAUUGCAUUAGCCAUUAGAUGAAACUACUUUCCUGUAUCCAUUACAAUUUCUUGAAACAGAAUGUCGUUAUUACCCUGAUAGUGCAGUUAUGUGAUUUGUGAAGCAAUGUUUGUGUCCAAAUGGCUCGAGCUAGGGGGUUUUUUCUUUUUUUGUUUGGACGGGACAAACUAAGGUUUAUUUACUUGUUUGAAUGAAAACUUGGUCUCCAGCUAUUGUCUUUGGGAAUACUGUUUCAAUACGAACUCCAUAUUGUUAUUGUACUCACAAUCGAGUGGAACUUUUUUAAUUGUUUGUGCAAUUAGAUUUAAUCAAUGAAAGAAAGAAUUGACUAGUA